UUACAAAUACCCCGUAAACCCUAACGAAUUCCCAUCGCAAUCUGAAUUCAUAUCUCAAAUCUCAGUACUCUCAGUUUCAGGCUAGCAUCAAUCCUUCAAUUUUCUUCCGGAGAUGGCCAGAACAAAGCAGACGGCGAGGAAAUCGACCGGAGGGAAGGCUCCACGGAAGCAGCUAGCCACUAAGGCCGCUCGGAAGUCGGCUCCGGCCACUGGCGGCGUGAAGAAGCCCCACAGGUUUAGGCCGGGAACUGUGGCGCUGAGGGAGAUCAGGAGGUACCAGAAGAGUACUGAGCUUUUGAUCCGAAAGCUUCCGUUCCAGAGGCUGGUGCGAGAGAUCGCUCAGGACUUCAAGACUGAUCUCCGGUUCCAGAGCGGCGCUGUCGCGGCCCUCCAGGAAGCGGCCGAGGCCUACCUUGUCGGAGUCUUUGAGGACACCAAUCUCUGCGCCAUUCACGCCAAGCGAGUCACCAUCAUGCCCAAGGACAUCCAGCUUGCGCGUAGAAUCCGCGGCGAGAGGGCUUAGGAAAUGAAAAUCUGAUGCUUCAUUAAGUAGCUAUGAAGCAUGAAUCUGGUGGAUCCUUUGUUUCUAUAUUCCUCUCUGUUUGGAUCUCUGUUUCUGUAUGUUAAUUAAUUGCGAUGUAAAUCUAUUGAAAAUUCCACCAGUUCAAUUGCAACAUCUAGUUUUGAUUUGGCAA